GAUACUUGUAGACUCGGCGUUUCUUCCAUCAGAAAGGAAACAGACUAUUUCUGCAUAGCAAUGUUUUGAGCACACACGUAGUAUACGGCAUAGUUCCCGUAUAUCGAGUUAAGGGAACAUCUUUUGAUAGUGGGCGAGGGACAAUCUUGGGUUCGGUACACGGGCAUGGCAACAGUCGAGAAUGAUCCGAAGGCGAGCGAAGGCGGUGCCGCAGCAUUCUCGAAGGUCCACAGUCCUAUCUGGAGCGAAUAUCAACUUCGAAAGUAUCCUUUCCAGACCAGACCGAUACCCAGACUCUCUCACACGGAUCCUAGAGCGGAGAUGCUCAUAAACAACGAGGAACCAUUGGUUUUAACAGACACCAAUCUAGUUUAUCCAGCUCUGAAGUGGGACGUCGCGUACCUGCAGGAGAACAUUGGGAGCGGGGACUUCUCAGUGUACAUAGCGGAAAACCACAAAUUCCUCUACUAUGACGAGAAGAAAAUGGCCAACUUUGAGAACUUUUUACCCAAGUCUAGACGGAUAGACAUGAAAUUCUCUGAUUUUGUGGAGAAAAUGGAGAAAACGCAGGAAGAGGGAGGAGACGAGAGGGUGUACCUGCAGCAGACCCUGAACGACACUGUGGGCAGGAAGAUCGUGGUGGACUUCUUGGGUUUCAACUGGAGCUGGAUCAACAAGCAGCAGAGCAAAAGGAACUGGGGCCAGCUCACCUCCAACCUGCUCCUCAUAGGCAUGGAGGGCAAUGUAACGCCAGCCCAUUAUGACGAGCAGCAGAACUUCUUUGCACAAAUCAAAGGUUACAAAAGGUGUAUCCUCUUCCCUCCGGACCAGUUUGAGUGUCUCUACCCCUUCCCUGUUCACCACCCCUGUGACAGGCAGAGCCAGGUUGACUUUGAGAACCCUGACUAUGAGAGGUUUCCCAACUUCAAGAAUGUAGUGGGCUAUGAGACUGUGGUCGGCCCCGGAGAUGUUCUUUACAUCCCCAUGUACUGGUGGCACCACAUUGAGUCCCUGCUGAGUGGUGGCGUGACCAUCACUGUCAACUUCUGGUACAAGGGUGCGCCAACGCCCAAGAGGAUAGAAAACCCACUGAGAGCCCAUCAGAAGGUGGCAAUCAUGAGAAACAUAGAGAAGAUGCUGGGGGAGGCACUGGGAGACCCACACGAGGUUGGUCCUUUACUGAAUAUGAUGAUCCAGGGCCGAUAUGACCAGGGAUUCAGCUAGAGGUACUGCCGCACAACUGUUGCCAAACUGCUGCUUGUGUGUGCGUUCAGUACACACGCCUGAUUUGUGUGUAUGCAGGCGAGCAUGUGUAUAUGUGUGUGCGGGCUGUCAAGCUAGCAGUGCAUGGCAACACUGAGUCACCUUGAGAGACUUGGCCAAUCACACUUUCUGCUCUGCUUUGAUUGCCUGGGAACCAUAGUCAUCGCAACCUCCGCCACCAGUGGGAAGACAAUAGUGGAUGGACAGACUAGCCAUGGACACCCACAUGCAGUAUGCCGUCAGAGACUGAUACUCUGUUGAUGAACUGUGUAAACUACAUAAUGUAGAGUUGUGUGUAUUUGUGUGUGAGACAAGUGAUAGGCAGCCGUGUAGGUAUCAAAGAAUAACCCCCAAAUACCAUCAAGCAUGUUAGCUUGCACGAAUCUUGCCAUUUCCUUCGACCUUUCAUCAACGAGCUGUUUUCACUCACAGGACUGCUGCUGACUUUGUUUUUUGUUUGUUGCACCAUUCUUGGUCAAUUCUAUACACUGUCCUGGAGGGCGGCCUUUCUGAGAUACUGGAUCCGGCGCCCCUGUUACCAACGAUCAUACCAUGCUCAAAGUCGCUGAGGUCACUUGUUUUGCCCAUUCUAACAUUCAAUCAAACGGUAACUGAAUGCCUCGAUGUCUGCCUGCUUUAUAUAGCAAGCCAUGGCCACGUGACUCACUGUCUUAAUGAACGAUUCAUAUUUGUGAACGGGGUGGUGUACCUAAUAAACUGGCCGCUGAGUGUAUCAACUGAAUACAUUUCUAGUACCUAAAGUAGGCCUAUUUAUUUUGUGACAAACUUCUAAAUGAAUUUACUGCACGUUCACCCUGAAAGAGAUGAGUCAUAUUUUGGUUCUUCUGUUGAUUUAAUUGUUGACAGUCAGUAAGCUGACUUGUUUCUGUAUGGUAUUACGCUUUUUAGGAGCGAUUAGCAGAAAACAAGUUAUAUUGUGUUUUAUAAACACUGAAAGAGCGCUUGAUUGUGUGAUUGCCUGUACUUGAUUUAUUUUAUUUAAAUGAUUUCUGAACAUUUCUAUGUUAUAAGUAUGUUUUGUAUGAUGGUUUGUGUACAUUUAGGCAUAACUGAUUUUCUGUUGGUGUGUUUAGAAUUUUUUAUGUUAUAAUACAUGGUACAUUUUAAGUCAAGAUUGAGGAUGGUCUAAAAAGUAUUUUAACUUAAUCAAUUGCAACUGCAAAGUAAAAUAAGAAUAUAACAAGUGUGUGUGCAUGCAACCACACUCAGUGUGUGUCAGUAGAGUUGAAUGAUGGUUGUUAUUGUGCCAUUGUCAAGUGUUUCCAGUGAACACUUCACUUCAACAGGUGCAGUUUAGAGCAUAGGACCGAUUUUAAAGCACAUAUUGGUGGCAUCCCAAAUCGUAAAAUCGUACCCUUUCCCCUGUGGGCCCUGGUCAAAAGAGGUGUACUUUAAAGGGAAUAGUGUGCCAUUUGGGACUUAGACCUAGUGCUGUGUUCCAAACCAGGUGUGUCCUUCAGGGUUGGGGCUGUUUUCAUUUCAAUUCAGUCAAUUCAGGAAGUUAACUAUUCUAAUUUCAAUUUUUCAAAUUGACCCAACCCUGGUGUCAUAGAACCGUUAAGGUGGUUUCAAGUUAAUGGAGUAAAUGAGUAAAUAAGUAAAUUACAAGUAAACGAUGUUCUUAAAGCUGUAUGUGUGGGUAGGGCUUUGGCAGUCAUGACAUUUUAUCAGCUGGUUAUUGUCAUGCAAAAGAACGUUAAUUAACAAUAACACGUUUAGCAUCUCCGGGCCUCUAGGCAUACAAGCCUUGAUGCGCGCCUUUGGAACAUCUACAUUUUAAAAAUUAUAGUAAAUCAAUUUAAUAUACACCAUCACAAUAAAGCCAUUUUUUAUUUUUGCCAGUUCUAAAGAAAUGUAUUUCCGAAGAACAGAUAUGACUUGGCCUACAGUAUGUUAUCUGGCUAUGCUCCAUGCCAUAGGCUUGUUAAUUUAGCUGACAAGAUAUGCUUAUAAGUGCCGUGCCAUUAUUUUAUAUUAUUUUAUAGUAAGAUGAAUAUAAUUGAGCUUUGCUAAAUAACGUAGAAAAUGAUAUUUUUCCCAUUCCGGAGCGAGUGCACAUAUGAAGUGGCUAUGUUUAGCGUAAAAGUGAUAUUUUGAAACAGGUCCUAUAUGCUAGAUUUAGUGUUAUUUGACAACUUUAGUUGUGAAUGAUGCAAACCGUAUGAAUCAAAACAUAUAUGGCCUGCAUGAUGUGACUAUAGGCUAUUUAUCAUUUGAGAGUCGCAAACCAGUUUGCACGCUGUUCCUUGCCUCAGGCUGCACAGCUGUUCUUUCAUCAAGUGAUCAUAUUUUCACCCAUCAGACUAUUCUCAAUUGAAUCUUUAUUAAUAUGUAAAAUUAGUUUAGAUUUAGAAUGGCCCAUUAUCAAAUGGGCAAGGGGGGAAAAGACACCAUCUGUAUGCACUCGAAUUGCGAAUGGAGGCCUGCAUCACCCACAGUUUGAGGAGAAUGCUCUUGCUGCGCGACAGGUGAUAUUCCACCCAAACUCUAUGCCCAGUUCCUACAGCUACCCAGUGCUGAAUUUGGGAAACUGAAUGUAAUCGGUUCGUUAACAUCAAUGUUAACAUGUUUUCGCAACGAAACAUAUUUAACUAAACUGUUGACAUCCCCUCUGCACGCUCUAGAAAUGAAUAAAGGAGAGGGUUGAGGAGAUAGAAAUGCAUGGUGAUAUUCUGUAUAGCUAAAGGGAAUGUGCCACACAAUUAAUUAUGAAAACAUAUGUUAGGGGAGAGCAUUUAUGGUAUAAAUGUCAUAGCAAAUGAAAGAAGGACGUCUUGGGCAUAUAUUUUGCAUUCAUUACAUCUUCAUAUCUUAUUUCAUUCAGUAUGGAGUUGUAGACCGUUAAAUAGAGAGUGUGCACUUGUGACGAUUUUCCCCAUCAGCGAGUAAGUUGUCACAUUGGAUUAUCAACAAAUAAGAACAACUAAUAUAUUGUGAAAAUUGAUUUUAAUUUCAAAACCAAAUUCAACUUCAUUAAAGAACUCCAAAUAAAAACAAUCAUGCCUAGAGAAUCUGGCAAAUCAUGCCUUUCAAUCAAAACAAUAAUGCUGUCAGAGCCCACAUUAAGUGGCAAGACCACUUCACUUUGAAUUUUGAAAUCAAACGUUCUCUGGCAUGCACAUGAACUCAGCAAAAAAAGAAAUGUCCCUUUUUCAGGACCCUGUCUUUCAAAGAUGAUUCGUAAAGAUCCAAAUAACUAAAAAGAUCUUUAUUUUAUAGGGUUUAAAAACUGUUUCCCAUGCUUGUUCAAUGAACCAUAAACAACUAAUGAACAUGCACCUGUGGAACUGGUCGUUAAGACACUAACAGCUUACAGAAGGUAGGCAAUUAAGGUCACAGUUAUGAAAACUUAGGACACAAAAGAGGCCUUCCUACUGACUCUGAAAAACACCAAAAGAAAGAUGCCCAGGGUCCCUGCUCAUCUGGGUGAACGUGCCUUAGGCAUGCUGCAAGGAGGCAUGAGGACUGCAGAUGUGGCCAGGGCAAUAAAUUGCAAUGUCCGUACUGUGAGACGCCUAAGACAGCACUACAGGGAGACAGGAUGGACAGCUGAUCGUCCUCGCAGUGGCAGACCAUGUGUAACAACACCUGCACAGGAUCGGUACAUUCGAACAUCACACCUGCGGGACAGGUACAGGAUGGCAACAACAAAUGCCCGAGUUACACCAGGAACGCACAAUCCCUCCAUCAGUGGUCAGACUGUCCGCAAUAGGCUGAGAGAGGCCGGACUGAGGGCUUGUAGGCCUGUUGUAAGGCAGGUCCUCACCAGACAUCACUGGCAACAACAUCGCCUAUGGGCACAAACCCACCAUCGCUGGACCAGACAGGACUGGCAAAAAGUGCUCUUCACUGACGAGUUGCAGUUUUGUCUCACCAGGGGUGAUGGUCGGAUUCGCGUUUAUCGUUGAAGGAAUGAGCGUUACACCGAGGCCUGUACUCUGGAGCGGGAUCAAUUUAGAGGUGGAUGGUCACAGCAUCAUUGGACUGUGCCUGCAAUGACAACAAGCUAUCUUAACGCUGUGCGUUACAGGGAAGACAUCCUCCUCCCUCAUGUUAUACCCUUCCUGCAGACUCAUCCUGACAUGACCCUCCAGCAUGACAAUGCCACCAGCCAUACUGCUCUUUCUGUGUGGGAUUUCCUGCAUGACAGGAAUGUCAGUGUUCUGCCAUGGCCAGCGAAGAGCCCGGAUCUCAAUCCCAUUGAGCACAUCUGGGACCUGUUGGAUCGUAAGGUGAGGGCUAGGGCCAUUCCCCCCAGAAAUGUCUGGGAACUUGCAGGUGCCUUGGUGGAAGAGUGGGGCAACAUCUCACAGCAACAACUGGCAAAUCUGAUGCAGUCCAUGAGGAGGAGAUGCACUGCAGUACUUAAUGCAGCUGGUACUGAUACCAGUAACUGACUGUUACUUUUGAUUUUGACCCCCCCUUUGUUCAGGGACACAUUAUUCCAUUUCUGUUAGUCACAUGUCUGUGGAACUUGUUCAGUUUGUUUCAGUUUAGAUCCACGGUAAUUGUUGGAAUCGGAAUGGAAUUAAAUUCUGCAGAUAACUUGCUUAAAUGUUUAAAGUCUUAGCAAAACAGACUUUGUGUUUAAACACGCUAAUGCACAGUUUUGUAACAGCCCACAUCCGUAUCUGACUAAUCAGACUCAUCUUCAGAAACACAGUUCUGGCACACAUACAUUGCCUGGCCUGAGGUGCAAGCAUCAUGGGCCCAUUUGUUGCAUCUCACACACUUCACCCAAGUGUCCUUUGGCAGGCUGUUUGAAAAUGGCUCCACACAGAUGAGACAGAAGCACUCUUCAUCUGAUGACUCUUCUACAAUAUUUUUUUUUUUAGCUUCCUUCUUGUUCUUUGCAGAUCCACAUUUUGAACUGGGCAGGUCUGUGUCUGAGCUCGUGCUAGGCUGGAAUGGGGCUGGCAGGUUGGUGCUGGGGCCUGGCAGGGCUGGUGCUGGGGCCUGGUAGGGUUGGGUUCUGAAUGGGGUGAUCUAUAACGUAGGAUGGCGCAAACUCAUUUUCCAGAAAUACAUCCCUGUUGUAAGGUUGUACCCCAGCCACCCUAAAGCCAGCCUGAAUGUUCAAGGGUGUUGCAACCAGAGGAUUGGCAAUUGCAACAAUCCCAGGAAUGUCAUAAAUCGAUGUUGUCUUCCUGGGAUUGUUCCUCAUCCAGGCAUCACACGUGGUGUUGAUGUGCCUCUUUAGUGGCCUGUAGACAAACAUGUAGAAAAACCUGUCUAAGGGCUGAAGCCGAUGAGAGCAAUGGGGUAGGAAUGACAGCAUAAUUAUGCAAUUUUCUUUGGCAUAAUAGAGUCCAUCAAUGGACAUGUGAGACUCGUGGUUGUCCAAAAGGUGUAAACAGGGCUUCUCCUUUGAGCACCUCAUUUGCUUGACGAAAUGUUUCAGGAAGUCAACAAAGUGCACAUCUUUCAUCUACCCAGAGAGAUUUGUCCCUCCUUUGCUGCCAGGUGGCUCGUUUAUCAGGAAAUUAUUGUGGAAGUUGACACGGGGAAUAUAAAAUAUGGAGGUAUACUAUUCCCUGUGGCUGAGACAGCACAGGCCAGUGUGACAAGGGUUCCCCUUUCAGCGGAGGUCAGUGACCCUACUUGUUUGAAUCCAUGUCUGCCCACCACUUUGUCAAGUUUAUGUUCAGUGGUCACCCCAGUUUCAUCGACAUUCCAUAUGUCUCCUGGUCCAAAUAGUUAUUUCUGUAGCACUUCUGCGACAUUGUCGAAGAAAGCAUUAACAUUUUCUCUGUUGAAGCUACUUACCCUGGCAAGGCUAGUUGCCUCUGGCUUUCUCAGUGACAGCGUUGGGUGCCGCUUUAAGAAGCCUGUAAACCACUCCGAGCUGGCCUUUUCCUUUUCUGCCCACAUUGGCGCGAACUUCAGCUGGUGUGCCACAGCAAACUGGUAGGCAUGUCUUCUGACCUCACUUGGCGACAGACCAAAAUAAAUGUCAGCUGACCUAAUAAUAUACUGAACAAGCUGCAUCUCCAAAUCAGCUGAAAAAACCUGCCGUGGCUUUGUAUAGCCUACCACGGUUGUUGGCAUGGCUGUCUGACUUUCAACUUCUUCUCUGGUUAACUUUGACAAUACCUAGUCAGAAUACGGUAAUUUAUGGCAAAAUCCUUCUCUGUACUCCUGAUUUGAUUUGUUCUGCAACUUCACCUGCCUCACUGCCUUUAACAUUAUGCCAGGUCGUGUGCUGCCAAUGCAAUUCAUAACACUACUUCAUACAGGGUCACAAAUUUAGAGUUGUGUGUGGAUAUACUGUCUCAUACAGUAGGCAUGUAGUGUGUUAGUAGACACACACACGCUAGAGUCUGUUUUGUGUAGUCCAGGGAUAUGUCUGCUGCUCUAAACUAUAUGUCUAUAUGAUAAUCCAUUUACAGUAACAUUUAAUAUUAUUAUCAGAGCUGAUUACACAAUAUCACAAUGUAUUUUGAGCAUGUUCUAUGUAUUGUCACAUGUGAAGACUUUCCCCAAGGUCAUUGAGACAACUUGCCCCAAACUGACAUGUGUGCUAAUCUCAAGGUUAGCUCAACAUAGGACUGCAGCUAAAGUAUCAAAAGACACGUUAUUGUCUCCUCCAUUCAGUGCAAAAUUAUCAUUUUGAACAUUCAUACCUAAAAGUUUUAUUGCAUAAAAUGUAAAGUGCCAAUUUUUUAUUUUCAAGGGGAAAAAUAAGGAAUUUGUGCUCACCUCAGAUUAGUAACCUUGACCACAUGUGAACAGGAAGUUGACCAUAGAACAUGUAGUCACACUAAUGAGCUAUUUGAGAUAGCGCCUCUAGUGUUGGAGAUAUGAACAGUUUGACAACUUACCCGUGUGACAACUUUUCCUCGCUUUGGAUUAUAGGCCAGACCAAUUAUGUACUAAAGACACCCAAAAUCAGUUUUGUUUUAUGGUUUUCUGCCACGUAUAAUAUGCAGUAGGCUAUGUAUUGUAUAAGGCACAAUCAUAUUUUAAAAAAAUAAAAAAUAAUUCAGGCUUGGUCUUAUAAGCCUAUGCGUAUGCAUAAGCCCUAAUAUGCAUAUGGAUGUUUUGAAUUAAUAAUCACCAUAGAAAGCGCUGUCCAUUUCAUUGUUAGGCUUUGCCACAACAACCAUGUUUUACACUCUGUUUCAACCUGCUGUUGAACUUCUUUCUUCAAAUUGAUCGAUCACAGUGAGGUGAAUUUUAAAAAGCAUGACACCGUUUUGAUGAUGAGUGUUUGAUGUGAUUUUUUUAAUGCAUUUGCAUUGAUAUCAGAGUGGUUAGAUGGACAAUAGAGCCCUGAGUACCAGGCUGUUAAGGACCUGAUGGUAGUUAGUGAAUUGGCUACUACCAAAGCUUGUCCAGAGUGCAUAAUAGGAGAACACCGUUACUCAACUGUCACGUGGAAUUUUACUGCGGUCUUGACUGCUGGUGUGGCGAUAAUACGUCACUGCAACAGCCCUAUAGUAUGGAGGCCCUUCUGUGAUUGGUAAUGUGGUGAUUUUAAACUGCAUCAUAUUAGUUUGUUAUUAACAGUAAUAUAUUAAUAGUCUGGUUAAACCAGACUGACCAUGGCUGUGCUCAAUGGUGAACGCAGCAUUCACUAGGCUAUUAUACUAAUGCUGCGUGUUAAAAUCCUACACCUUCAGUGACUGACUACAAAUGUUCUAGGAGUGUUCUAGCCAAGUGUAUUAUCUCCCCAACAGGCCGUAUUGUACUCCUGGCAAUCUCAAAACAAAUAUGGAAUGUGCCAAGCGGAAUGUUCAUGUCUUGCUGUUUAUAUUUAGGCUGAUAUUCUAACAGUGUGUAGCAGCAAGGGAGUGUGUGCUUGAUUUGUUUAUAGAAAUGGUCUGUUAAGUCCCAGAGGUUAAAUUGCUCUCACUGUGUCUGUUUCUCCUACCUGCACUUUGUGUGCCUAGCUCUGUUAUGGCAUGGCUCAAGAAAUCGCAAGAACAAUGGAUAUCUUUUUUUUUUUCCCGUGUCUUUUCUAAAAACACAUUUCAAAAACCUUAACAUUGUUUUCUGGGCUCCUGCACUUGUAUGAUUUGAGUGUGUCUGCUGUAUUGUGCACUGAUUUCUAAAUGACUGGAGUUCUAUUGUUAUGCAAGUAGCUUUGAAAUAAAAUGUUCAACUUUA